AUCUAAACGAUCCGCUUAAAGGCGGGAAAAAAAUUCCCUUCCCCCCGGUACUCUCUCUCUCUCUCUCUCUACUGGCCACGUUCCCUUUGCACCCUACCUUUCUCACUCAAAAAAUCCCCAAUUCUUUAGGACCAUAAUUCCCAAUACCUGUUUUACUAAAUUAACAUAAUUCCAUGGAUAAAUCACCCGACGGAGAAGGGCCAACGACGUUAGCUGCUGCCGCCGAAGAGAUUCAGCAGCGGGGGAGCAGUAGAAUUAGCCGCCGGCUGGUGCAGUCCACGCUGUUUCCCCAUAAAUCUCCAGUAAUCGAAUCCAAAGAUGAUCAAAAGGACGAUAAAGAAUGCAAUGGUGAGGUUAAGGACGGUGAUGACGAGCAGUGCUGUGGGAGUCAAGGCAAGAAGAAAAGAACGCGAAAGCGGAAAGAAUCUCCCCAAACUAAAACUCCUAAAGUUUCUAGAAGGGCAAAGAAGGUAUCAUCUGCAGAAGCAACGCCUGAAAAGGAUACUACAUCUAAAAAGCCAAAGGGUUCAUCUAUAAAUAGCGUGGGUAGAAAGAAUGCCACACCUAAAAAGAAUGGGACAAGUAAUGGGAAAAAUGCUGAUCAUUUGAUAGAGAACAGGGAUGCAUUGCUACAAAUCCCUAAUCUUAGGUUAGAGGCAAAAAUGAUGGCUGAGGAAAAUUCAAGAGUGUUUGGUGGAAAACAAAUGCACCCUUUUUUCUUGUCUCAGAACGUGGGUAAGAUAGGUCACAAGACAGCUAUAGAAAGAAAACCUAGAAGCAUUUCAAUUGGUCCCAUUCAUGUAUUUGAAAGAGAUCAGGAUGAUGCUGAGCCUCUUGAUUGGAGAGAUUGGAAAUUUUGUGAGAAAUUAUUUGCCAAUAGCAGUUUUACUCCAGAAAGCUCGUUCUCAUCAAUUUUUGAAUGCACUGUCAAGUCAUUAUCCUUUGAUGAGUUUCCAAGUGUUUUGCAUCCCAUUGUUUUGCCUUUUCAAGAUAAUACACCGUUGGUUGAAUGUCUUCCUCAGCAAGAACUUUUGUAUGAAGCAUCAGCAACAGCCAUGUCAUCUGGGCCACAGGUGGAAUGCUAUCAGCUCAUUAAGGAUGCUGAAACAGACUAUCAGGUUGAUGAAGUUGGUCUGCUUUCUGGUUGUGUAAGAAAAUCAGAUGCUGACCAGCAAAGCAAAAUUCAGCAAGAAAGGAUGUCAUCUCACCUUGGUUGUGCCAAUCAGCCUGAUAACAGAUUGUGGACAAAUAAGUACCAGCCCAAAAAGGCCAUGGAGAUAUGUGGUAAUGAUGAUUCAGUGAAAUUUUUGAAUGAAUGGCUUUGCACUUGGCAUCAAAGAAGUCAUGAAACCAGCAAAGCAUCCUCUGUUGCUGAUGAAUGUUAUAUGCACGAUCCUGAUUAUAAAUGUUCCCAAAAUGAUUCUGAUUCUGAAAACAUUAGUGAGGAGGCCAGCUUUAAGAAUGUUCUCUUAAUUACUGGACUAGUCGGGAGUGGGAAGUCUGCAGCUAUCUAUGCUUGCGCUAAGGAACAAGGGUUCAGAGUUCUGGAGGUCAAUACCUCGGAGUGUCGAAAUGGAGCUGCUGUGAAGGAAAGAUUUGGUGUGUUAGAUUCGCAAUCCACUUUGGACUCACAACUCCUUCAAUGGUCACAGGAGAGUACUUUAGAAUUUCAGAUCAUGGACAUUAUAAAGCCCCCUGCAGCCCAUCCCAAUGGUAAAAUGGUGCAAGAGAUUGACAGCGAAGUGAUUGAAGUGAUAUCCAUAGCAGAUGAGGAUAUUUCUCAUGAAGCUACUGAAACAUUUGAGAAGGUUGUUUACAAGGACAGUUCAGUUGCCUGUGGUCAAGGUCAACUUAAACCCUUGAUUCUGUUUGAGGACGUGGAUGUUAUCUUUUCUGAAGAUCGUGGUUUUAUCAGUGCAAUACAACAAAUUUCUGGCAAAGUAAAGUGGCCUGUGAUACUGACUACAAAUAGUGACAAACCUGUUCUUCCUGACAAUUUGGAUAGGCUAGAAUUGUGUUUUAAAAGGCCAUUAGAGAAGGAGCUUUUUCAGCAUCUGUACAUGGUUUGUUCUGCAGAGAAGGCUAAUGUUCAACCUCAUCUAGUAGAGCAAUUAAUUGAAUUUUGUCAGAGAGAUAUGAGGAAAAUCAUUAUGCAUCUACAGUUCUGGUGUCAGGGUGAACAAUUCAGAAAAGGUAAUGAAGUAAGGAGACUUUUCAGUCCAAUGCCAUUUGAUCUUGAAGAUGGCUAUCAAAUAUUGCCAAAGAUGAUCCCCUGGGAUUUUCCUUCUCAGCUGUCUGAGGUAGUUGAGAAGGAGAUCACCAUGUCAUUAUGCAUGAUGGAAGAAAAUGGUAUCUUCACAGAAGUCAUUGAAGAUAAAUUUGAUGAUAAAGAUGUGCAGAACAAUUUGGAGAAGCAUAUUUAUGAAAUAGACAGUAUUGAGGCCAAGAAGAAAGUAAUGCUAAGCAAGAAUUGCUUUGAUCAUGAUUGCAUUGACUUCAUUGCUUCUUUCAAUCCAGCAUGUGGUUUUUUUGAUUCCUCAAACAGCACAGUUCCAUUCUCUCAGAAAAGCCAUAAGAGAAAACUUGUGGUGAUGUCUUCUGAUUCUGAAGAUGACAGAUUGCCAACAAGUCCUGACAAGGAUAUUAUCAACGAAUUUUCCCUUGAAAAAGGCGAAUUUGCUUCCCAUCAUCCAAGCAUGCAAAAAGGCUUCAGCCCAUCAACUGAGCUGCAACUUUUUUCUGAAACAGCAGUUCACUUGAAUGUAAAAGACACGUGCAUAUCAGUUGAUAUGUCAUGUGUGCCAGAAUCAUCAUAUGUUCCCGAAACUGAAAUUGAUGAUGGAACAAAAAUAUUUUUUGGUAGGUUGUCUUGUGACCAAGUGGGCCAGGCAGAAGUUUUAGAAGAAGCUUCAGUGAGCAACGAAUUCAGACAAAGCAUAUUGCCAGUUGAUGCUAACAAUUUUGAUGAAUCUAUGCCCAAAUUGUAUAAAGAUUCUGACUUGUUAUCAGGUACUUGUGAUGCGAUUGCAGUAUCAUCUCAUGAGGAGGUGGAAGAUUCUCAAAAUGAUCUCAUGGAAUCCAUCGCAAGGGAACAUCAGCUGAUGGAUGAGUGUAGCUGUAUAGAUUUCAGUAGGAAAUUCAAGCAGCAUGAGGAGGGUAGGUCCUCUGCUGUAAUUGAUACAGUACGAGAGUCAUGGAGAAAACUUCGUGAUCGUCAUGCAGAUCUGAGACAUUUAGUAGCUGCAGAACACAAAUAUUCUCCUGGAAUCAUUAGACUUGCUUGUGGGAUGAGCAAUCUAAUUUCAGAAGCUGAACUAUUGCAUACUAAGUGCCAAUCACUGGAUUCUUUUGGAUUGCCAAUGGUUUUUUCUGAGGAAUCAGAAGCAUCCAGCUGGUGUAAUGAGCAGUUGCAGAUGGCAUCAACAAUUCUGCAGCAUGGAUUUUGCUUAUAUGCCAAAGACAUUGUUGCUGCAGGGUUAAACAUGGGCCACAAAAGUAGUGGGGAUUUGAUCUGGGAGAUGCUGUCUACCGCUACCAAGAUGAAAGUCAGUAGUUCACUUGGACAAAAUAUUAAUACUAAGACGUUAAAUGUUGGGCUGGGUGCGGAGAUGGCCUUGCCAGAGAAUGGUCCGGUGACAAAUAGUGAGCAGAAGUUGCAUUAUACCAAUAUAAUCCAGUCAGUAGUUCCUUCACGAGCAUAUAUGACGAUAAAAGGUGAUGCAUUUUAUGAAUAUCUUUCGUCUCUGGGGCACAUUUCAAGAUCAGAAUCUUCUCGUUUAUCUGAAGGUGACGGCAAGAAUAAAAGACGGAGGGGACGAGCUGCUAGGAAUUACUUGAGUACUGGCUCACUAAUGCUGUCUCCUGAAGAAAUUUCAUUGCUGGGUCAAUCUAAUAUGUAUGGGAAGAUUUCAUACCAGUCAUUAGACACCAAUAUUAGAUAGAAGGAUAUGAUCUUCUCAUGAAAGAAAACUGACAGAAUAAACAAAAUGUAACAUAUUUGCUAACUUAAAUUUUAGUCAUAGGCUUGUAGGAAUUGGAGGUCUAGUUUCUUAGCGAGUAUUGCAGACAGGAGUGAUAGCUAGAGUGGGUCCUUUUCAUUUGUGUUGCUGGACAUGGUCCAAUAUUUUUGUGAUGCCAAAACUAAAGCACCUUGAAGCAAAACAUAGAUCAUAGUUGUAGGUAUCUGGAAUUCAUGAUUUCAUCCCCUAGAGUCAUUGUAUAGUUGAUGGUGAUUGCUUGGUGGUAUUUAAAUAAGGGGCAUGUAAUUGGAAAAUAUUUAGUGUAGAAGAACGUUGUUGGAAAUGCUAAUGAUGCCUCUCCAAGGAUAAUGGAUUUUCAUAUUCUAUUUUUGUA